UUAGCUAGUCCCUUCACUUGUGUUCAACGUCCCUUACCAUACUUGCAGCACACAAAUUACACCAAACAAACCAAACAACAUUCACAAACAUAGCAUAAAGAUUAAACCUAGUAAACAACCAAGCCAAACCAAACCUUAAUUAACAAUAAUAACACAACAACACCUUCUUCUUCCGAAGGACAACAACCUCGUUUUCAUUAAACCCAGUUUUUGCAUAUUCAAGUACCGAAAUUGUGAAGGUUUAGUUUGAUACAUAAAAGAGAAAGAAACAAAAAGGAAAACAAUGACGUGGAAAAGUAGAGGAGAGUUUUCUUCUAGUAGAAAUUUUAUAUCACAGAAAUGGACACUUUUUCUUUGUCUAGGAAGUUUCUGUGCUGGGAUGCUCUUCACUAACAGGAUAUGGAGUAUCCCUGAACAAAAUGGACUUGCAAGACCAACAGCUUCAGAAACUGGUAAAUUCAAUGUAGUUUCCGAGGGUUGUAAUACGAGAAUUUUGCAAGAGAUGGAAAUGAGGCGCGAAACUAGAGAUAUGUAUGGUGAAGAUUUCAAGGGUCAUAAUUCCAUACAAGCUCUGGACAAGACUAUUUCGAAUUUAGAGAUGGACUUGGCUGCUGCGAGGUCUGUUCAAGAGUCUAUGCGAAGCGGUGCUCCUGUUUCAGAAGAUAUAAGGAUGACUGAGUCGUCGGGUAAGAGAAAGUACCUUAUGGUCGUAGGUAUUAAUACUGCAUUUAGCAGCAGGAAAAGAAGGGACUCAGUUCGGGCUACCUGGAUGCCACAAGGUGACAAAAGAAAGAAGCUAGAGGAAGAGAAAGGCAUUGUCAUGCGCUUUGUAAUUGGACACAGUGCUACAUCAGGAGGUAUCCUAGACAGAGCUAUUGAAGCAGAGGACAGAAAGCAUGGAGAUUUCUUGAGGCUGAACCAUGUUGAAGGAUACCUUGAAUUGUCAGCAAAGACAAAGACAUACUUUGCCACUGCUGUGAGCUUAUGGGAUGCUGACUUCUAUGUCAAAGUUGAUGACGAUGUUCAUGUAAAUAUAGCAACAUUGGGAGAAACUCUAGUUAGACACCGAUCGAAACAACGGAUAUACAUUGGAUGCAUGAAAUCUGGACCUGUCCUGUCUCAAAAAGGGGUAAGGUACCAUGAACCGGAACAUUGGAAGUUUGGUGAGUCCGGAAACAAGUACUUCCGUCAUGCCACAGGGCAGUUGUAUGCUAUUUCAAACGAUUUGGCAACAUACAUAUCUACAAACCAGAAUGUUCUUCAUAAGUAUGCGAAUGAGGAUGUGUCAAUAGGAGCUUGGUUUAUUGGACUUGACGUAGAGCAUAUUGACGAUCGAAGAAUUUGCUGUGGCACUCCUCCAGAUUGUGAAUGGAAGGCGCAAGCAGGCAACAUUUGUGUUGCUUCAUUUGAUUGGAGCUGCAGUGGUAUUUGUAGGUCUGCAGAAAGGAUUAAAGAGGUACAUAAAAGGUGUGGAGAAGGUGAAAAUGCUUUGUGGAGUGCCUCUUUCUAGGAGGAAACUUUUGGUGAGUUCUUCCUAACUCAGGAAGAACAUUACUACCACAGCAAGGAACCAACCAAGCCAGCAAAAUUUUCUUUUUCCUUUUCUGUAUUUUUGUCCAGUAUAUGUAGAGAAUGUUAAAUACGUUUUUAGUCUCUAAAAUCACGACCUUGCAAGUUUAGUCCCUCAAUAAAUUUUAGUAACGUUUAACCCCUAUUUUGCUUUGUAUAAGCAAUAUUUUGAGGGACUAAAAACAUCAAUUUUUUGUAAAUAUAUUUUAAAAUACGAACUAAAAGUGAAUAUAAAUUAUUUAGGGACUAAAUAUGAAAGGCCGUGGUUUUAUAAAAACUAAAAAUAUAUUUAAUCCUAUAGAGAAAUAUCAUUGUACACGAAAAAACUGGAGUGAGAGAGUGUGAAAGAGAGAAAGAAUACUUGUUCCAUGGACCUUCUGCAUUUUAAGAAGUGAAUGAUCAUGGUUGAAGCUAGAAGAGUUCACACAAGAUAGUACACAUCCAUUCUUUGAUGCUUGAAGAAGGGCCAUUCUAUUUUGUUAAUAGUUUCAUGGCUAUCAAGCUCCUAAUAAAUAGAUAUAUAAUCUGGUGGCUGUUGCUCCCUUUCCAUUUGUCUAAAUUUGAUUUUUUAUUUUAUUAUUA